AUGGACCCCACCCAAUCGCAUGGGCAAGGAACCCAGAAAAACCCUUCUCCGUCAAAUAUCCGCAGUCCGCUUUCGCCGGGUAGCGGUAGCAGUGGAACCCCGAUCUCGUUCCAACCGAACGUCAAUCGAUCCAAAACAAAAAGAUGGGUAGAAGCGAGGCAGUACUCGUAUGAUGGAGGGGACUGGGGUGACGAUGAUGACGAGGAGGAAGAGGAAGAUGAAGAAGCGCCUCCUCCAGUGCCUCGGGCCCCAUAUGCCACCCAACACAAUGGAAGCUCGUCGGAGUUGAGCUCGCGUCGUUUGUCUGGUCUCGGGUUUGGGGCCGAUGAUUCGGCCUCGGCUGCAAAGAAGAAUGUGGGGGAACAGAAAGCACUUCCCUUCGUAAGGCCAGCUGAUCUCUACAAGCGGAUGCGCGAAGACAAAGCUGCUCAGUCCCCCGCCACCGACGGCGCUUCGACCCCUGACGCCACCGGUGCUCCCCCGCAAACAGACCAACAGGCGCCCUCAGUUGGAUUGCCAGAGGUCAAACGAAUGUCUAGCUUUGGCACCGAUUUCCUGGGCGGCGCAGACGCCGGUCAACCAGAAAAUGCGAACACAGCCCAACCCGAUUUGCAACACAAUCCCUCCUCGGGAUAUCGAUCCGUUGUUCACCAAGCCUUCGAUGUUCCAGAAACCCCUCAGUCCUCCACAACAAGUGUUGAGAGAUCGAACAGUGACGGCACUUCGGUAAUCAGCCCUAUCAUAGGUAGCCGUGCUAUAGAUGAUGAACGGACACCCACCAUCUUGGAGGAGCCAAACGAAUCAAGCCCUCCCAGGGGAACUGCCACCCAGGGACCGGUGUUCCAUCCCGGCCAUCGGCGAGACUUGAGCCUCCCCAGUUCAGACAACAGCCCUUCGAAGCGGCCCCAGGUCACCGAUCAAGAAACACCAACUGGAGACCACGCAGAAAUAUCAGUCAUCUCUCCACCACAACACGACAUCCCUCACCCAAGUUUGGAAAAUCAUCCAAUAAUGCAACCAUAUCCGAACGACGGGCAGGAUCGGCCUGCCCCUCUGAAGUUUGGAAGCGCGUCGGGCCCCGACAGCUUCCAUGGCACAAUCCCUACCAUCAUGGGAGCGGAGGAAUCGCCGCAGAACACCGACAACGACCGCCUGAGAGAAGAAAUUAUCCAGUCGCUGAGCCGAGAAGCUACUCCCUCCGAGGAACCCGAGCAGAGAAAUCAAGCUCAGUCGCAGACUGCCGAGUCUAUCCCACAACAAUUCGAGAAAUAUUGGAGUCCUACAGAAACCCCCAAGGCCCAGGUAUCUAACAACCAGCCUGAAUUGAUGAACCCACCACCCUUGGCUUCCUAUCAUCCCUACGCAAACAGCCAGGGUAACUCAUCAUCCACAAUCGUUGAUCAACAAAAGAAGCCUAAAUUGGAACGGCGAUUUUCCUGGGAAUCAUCGGACGGCGAAGAACCCGAGCCUAAGAUUCCCGGCAGCUAUGCAUCACCCCCUCACGACACAUCGCUGGCUGUGCAAGAACCUGAGCCAAUUGUUGAAGAUACUCUCGCUAUUCAACCCGAUGUAUCUCGCGAUUUGGCCGCCUCCGAUAAUGAAAGUUCGGACAACCAACGUGCUGAAAGACCUCGACUUUCCCUCAUCCUUCCUGUGCCCGAAAAUGUCUCACCACCGGAGCAGGUUGCCGGACCAGGUACCACCCUACCUCAACAGACUCAAGUCCCUUCGAUUACCAAAAACCCAGCUCUCGAUGAGUCCCAACUUUUGGGCUUCCGUGAUAUUAUUGGAAUCACGUCUAUUAAUCAGCGCAUCAAGUCCUUUGAACACACUCGUGACCAAUUUGCGACUCUCGACACCGGUCUGAGUCAGUGGCUACAGUUCAUGGUUAACGAACACUCUGAGCACACCGAUGUGGUCCAGAAGAGUCAAACUCUCUCCCCUGCUGUAGCUGCAUCAUCUCCGUCCAGAAGCAGAUUCCCCAAAUUGCCUUCUCUUGCCAACCUCGCCUCCUCCAACGAUGGCACCCCGAAUAGCGGCAGCCAUAUGAGACGCCCGUCGGCACACCUUGGCUCUGUGAUGAACAGGCAGAAUGUCGGGGACAAAGGAAAGGAAUUUCUUCACACUGCAGGCACUUUCAGUGGGAAGGCAAGUGGAGCAGCAAAGGGUCUGUUUGCAAAGGGCAGAAGCAAGUUCCGUCCCAGUGGAGGAUCCGACAAGGUUCAAUCAACUCCGAGUGCUUCUCGACGCAGCCUCCAGUUAUCCUUCCCAAGUGAUGGCAAAUCUGCUCGGAAUUCUAUGACUUUUGGCAGUUUGCCGAUCUUCAGAUCUGGAAAGGCUGGAGACUCUGCUCCGGACUCUGACCCGUCCAAUCCGUCUCUAGACAGUUCACAGGAAGUUAAUCGCGAACAUGCCCGGGUUGCCAAAUCGGGGGAUAAGUUCAGGUCGCACAAUUCCAUCGAGGCGGCUGUGCAACCGAAGCACCUGUCAGCUUCCAACGCAAAGACUAGAGACUCCGAUAAGUCAGCCGCUGCGGGAGAUUUCGAGCAAGAAAUGAUAGCUGCUCUUGGACUUUUGCCGGAGCCUCGUCCACAUAGGUCGGCAAGCACCCCUAUGUCAUUGCAGCCCAGUCAAAUCAACGGCGAGAAUAAGCGCCCCACGGGGCAGCCACAGGUACAGAGCAAAACGACUGGGAUGCGGGCUGUCAGUGAUAUGCCGUCGAAGAGAGGGCCAGUCGAGAAGGGUCUGCCGGUUAUUCCCACCGAGCCCUUCAAUGUCCCUUUGAAGAUGGAGGGCCAAGUAAUCCCGGACCAAGGCAAGAACACUCAAAACAUCACAUUCCCGUCAAUUCGUCCAGUGUUUGACGAAGAUGUCAAGCCGCCUUCUCCCCCUCCGAAAGUUCCCGAUGAUGGACAUAUGUCGAAUGGACAUGCUAUUCCACGACAGCCCUCCGUCUCGACGCUUGGACCCGACGAGGAAACCGGAAGGCGCUCAUCUGAAGACGACUUCGAGAGGGAUCCACCCUCUCCCUUGCAGCCGCCACAGACUGAGAUUGAGCCGACCGCCCCCAAACAAAACGUUGAGGGUCCUGUGAAUGGCAACCCAGUCUCCAUACCCAAAGUUGAGCCUUCUGUUGACGAGCCUUCGCGGCCGUUUGCUCCUUCCAAUCCAUCCGAACAAGCGACUUCUGCUGAAAUUCUCGAAUUCAAGAGAAAAUCAAUCAGCGGCUUGCCCCCUUCGGUCCCGGGGGUGCAGAGCCCCUUGAGGAACGAAGUCAGGUACUCUCCAGGAACUCGGAGCAGCAUGUUGAGCUUUGGUAGCUUUGGUAGACACAGUAUCAACAGCAAGGGGACUCGCCCGACUACUCCUGCGAAUGGUUUACAGAGUUCAGAAUCGAGCUCUCCCGCUGGCAACGGGGAGUCUACGCUUGGGAAAAUCGUGGGCUUCGGAAGACGUCGACGAGCUUCAGUAGGAGAUUUAUUGUCCAGCUUCCAGCUUCAGGGCACUCAGGCCUCCCAGGGUGGCCAACGGAAGCGGGCACUCAGUAGGAUCAGCGGACUUUUCGGUCGGCAAGAGUCUCAAAAGCCGGAGGCUAAACCUUCUCAGCAUGCGCGAACUGUCUCAGAACCGUUGCAGGUCAAAGAUCGCCCACUCGCUCCGUCGACGAACGGAGAUCUGGAUAUGGCCUCUCCUGUGAAAGAUCAGCCACCGAUUCUGAAGAACCCCUUUGAGCAAAAGCCUUUGCCAAAUCAGCCUGAUGAAUCAACAGAGCCGCCAGCACCCCAGAGUGAUGCUAACCCUCACGAUACACAUCAACAAGCCAGCAUAUCGCUCCCACCCAACUCAUCGACUAACCCUCUGUUGACCGGUCGAUUCUAUUCCCAACUCCAAGCCGGAACUGUAAGUGAGACACCUGUUGGUUCUCGACAAACGAGAUCACUCAGUCAUCCCCUUCCUGGGCAAUCUCGAUCCCCAUCCCCCUCAUCAGUACAUGAGAAUCGACCCGUCCAGCCUUUGUCGCCAUUGGAAGAAAUCCAGGAUCAUCAAAUCCAACAGUUGGAGGAAGAUGAGGAAAGGCGACAGCCUCAACCAGCCGAAACUGUGGAUCCGGCACUUGGUACGCUGAGCGAAAACCAGGAGCAGGAAGAGCAAGAGGAACACAAAUACCGGGCGCUUGAAGAGCGACAUGAACUACACGGGGAGCCCUCUCCAUCUCCAUUUCCAUCCGAGCAAUUCGGAGCUCCGACUAGAUCAGAGCUCGGCCCCGAACACAACGUCCGAUCCCGAAAGCCGACGGAGUCGGGCUCGUUCACUCCGGUCUUUGAAAAUCGCGCAGUUUCGAACAUCUCCGUCUUAUCUUCGCAUCCUCAUCGUAGUGAGAGUGAGACUCGAGUGGUCAAUGAUAAUCACGAACCGGUGGAACUGGCUAUUACUGCCGACGACUCCAGUGAGGAAAUCGUCAUGUCCCCUACGUCUUACCCGGGACAGGAGUGGACGCCAAUGCAUUUGUGA